AUGGCGGCGAGUCAGGGAGGCGGUGGUAGCAGCGGGGGCGGCGGUUGUGGUGGAGGUGGAAGCAGCGGUGGCUGUGGCGGGGCCGGAGGCGGAGGCGGCGGGGCCGGAGGGGGAGGUGGCGGAGGCGGCGGCGGCGGCGGUGGCUGCGGCGGGACCGCGGUAGUGCCCAUCCCGGUACCGACUCUUUUCGGUCAGCCGUUCCCUAACGGGCCGCAGUGGAACCCAGGGAGUGUGCAGCCUCAACACACCGUGAGGAGCCUGGACCGGGCCCUGGAGGAGGCGGGCAAUUCUGGCAUCCUGAGCCUCAGUGGCAGGAAACUCCGAGACUUUCCCGGCUGCGGCUACGACCUGACUGACACCACCCAAGCAGAUCUUUCCAGAAAUCGUUUUACAGAAAUUCCUUCUGAUGUCUGGUUAUUUGCACCUCUGGAAACAUUAAAUUUAUAUCAUAAUUGCAUCAAAACCAUUCCUGAAGCCAUUAAAAACCUUCAGAUGUUAACAUACCUUAACAUUAGUCGAAAUCUUUUAUCAACAUUGCCAAAAUACCUAUUUGAUCUUCCCCUUAAAGUUUUGGUUGUAAGCAAUAAUAAACUGGUAUCCAUUCCUGAAGAAAUUGGAAAAUUAAAAGAUUUAAUGGAAUUGGAUAUUAGCUGUAAUGAAAUUCAGGUUCUUCCCCAACAAGUGGGAAAAUUGCAUUCACUUAGAGAGCUAAAUAUAAGAAGAAAUAAUCUUCAUGCACUGCCUGAUGAAUUAGGUGAUCUUCCUUUAGUCAAGUUGGAUUUCUCUUGUAAUAAGGUGACUGAAAUUCCAGUUUGUUACCGGAAGCUGCAUCAUUUACAAGUAAUGAUUUUGGAUAACAAUCCACUGCAAAUACCACCAGCACAGAUAUGUUUAAAGGGUAAAGUACACAUAUUUAAGUACUUAAAUAUCCAAGCAUGUUGCAGAAUGGAUAAGAAGCCAGAUUCUCUGGAUCUUCCAUCUUUAAGUAAAAGAAUGCCCUCCCAGCCUCUCACAGACAGUAUGGAAGAUUUUUAUCCAAAUAAAAAUCAUGGUCCAGACUCUGGAAUUGGAAGUGAUAAUGGAGAGAAACGGUUAUCUACAACAGAGCCAUCAGAUGAUGAUACAAUCAGCCUUCACUCUCAAGUCUCAGAAUCAAAUAGAGAACAGGUAUCAAGAAAUGAUAGUCACACAGUAGGAAGUAAACCAGAUUGUCCAAAAGACCAGGAGGUAUAUGAUUUUAUUGAGCCCAGCAUGGAAGAUGUUGCAGUUCUUGAAAAAGGAGAUGCAUGUACCGGAGCAUUUACUUCUUUCCUUACGGGAAAAGAAAAAUGUUCUGAAAAAUCUCAGAAAAACGACGAAUUAGGAGAUGAAAAAAGGCUUGAGAAAGAACAGUUACUUGCAGAGGAAGAGGAUGAUGAUUUAAAGGAAGUAGCUGAUUUGAGGAAAAUAGCUGCUCAGUUAUUGAAGCAAGAACAGAAGAACAGGAUUCUUAAUCAUGCAACUUCUGUCAUGAGAAACAAGCUGAAACAAAGUGUGGAAUGUGAAAAAAGUGUCUCAGCAGAUGAUGUUAAUUCACCGUUAUCACCCCUUACAUGGCAGCCCUUAGAAAAUCAAAAGGAUCAAAUAGAUGAACAACAGUGGCCAGAAUCUCAGCCUAUAGUCUGGCAAAGUGAAGAAAGGAGACGGAGCAAACAGAUUAGAAAAGAAUACUUUAAGUAUAAAUCUAUGAGGAAAGGUUCCAGUGGCAAUGACAAUGAUGAGCAAGACAGUGAUAAUGCUUAUAUGUCACCACAGUCUCCAGUAUCAUCUGAGGAAUUUGACAGAACUGACAAUUUUCCACAUGGCCCCUUUGGCUUGAAACCUAGAUCAGCUUUUAGCCGCUCACCUCGCCAGGAAUAUGGGGCAGCUGAUCCAGGAUUUACAAUGAGAAGAAAGAUGGAACACUUACGAGAAGAGCGAGAGCAAAUAAGGCAACUUCGCAAUAAUCUUGAAUCCAGGUUAAAAGUGAUUUUGCCUGAUGACAUUGGAGCUGCACUGAUGGACGGGGUUGUUCUUUGCCAUUUAGCCAAUCAUAUAAGGCCACGCUCGGUAGCUAGUAUUCACGUACCAUCACCUGCAGUGCCCAAACUGAGUAUGGCAAAAUGUCGAAGAAAUGUAGAAAAUUUUCUUGAUGCUUGUAAAAAGUUGGGUGUCUCACAGGAAAGACUCUGCUUGCCUCAUCAUAUUUUGGAAGAACGAGGUCUGGUGAAAGUUGGUGUCACAGUUCAGGCACUCCUGGAAUUACCUACAAUCAAGGCAUCCCAGCUUUCUAUGGCUUGACAUAGCAUUUUCCAAUCUUAUUAAGUGUUUAAUUUAUUUGGAAUAUUUUCAGAUAUCUCAAAUUAAUGAAUAAGAGUGUCACAUCAAAAAUAGUUUACCUUAGGUCAAGCCUUAGGGUUUAAAAAAGUUAUAUUAAAGCAUCAAAUUUGAACUUU